AUGGCUAUUGAUCACUACACCAAGCCACAUAAGAAGACCGGCCACAGAACCGCCCCAGCUUCGAAGAACUUUUACUUGAGCACCUUGGUCAGAUUAUACAGCUACUUAGCUCGUCGUACUGAUGCUCCAUUCAACAAGGUUGUUUUGAGACUUUUGUUCUUGUCCAAGGCUAACAGACAGCCAGUUUCUGUUGCCAAGGUUGCCUCUGCCCUCAAGCAGACCGGUGCCGCAGACAAGACUGUUGUUGUUGUCGGUACUGUUACCGAUGACUUGAGAUUGCACUCUUUCCCUAAGGCUUCAGUUGCUGCUUUGAGAUUUACUGCUGGUGCAAGAAACACCAUCGAGAAGAAUGGUGGUGAAGCCAUCACUCUCGACAAGUUGGCUGCCAGAAACCCAACUGGUGCCAACACUAUCCUUGUUAGAGGACCAAAGAAGGCCAGAGAGGCUUACAGACACUUUGGUAUGGGUCCACACCAGCACAAGGCUCCAAAGAUCAUGUCUAAGGGUAGAAAGUUCGAGAGAGCUAGAGGUAGAAGGAGAUCGAGAGGUUUCAAGGUUUGA